UUACUUCCGCCCCGAAUCUACCACUGGUACAUCGUGUAACCUUUAAAGAGUCCUUCAGUAAAUCGCACUUAAUCAGUUUAUUUCAAAGGUUGUGCUGAUUUCGACUGAAAAUGUGGACGUUGAUGUCUCUGGUUGAACUCUCAGACAGCGGUGUCUCUGAAAACGGCCGUGAUGCUAAUGGAUGAAUCCAGGGGCUCUAGCAUUCCUGGAGUAAACCUUCCGGCAGGAAACGAGCCGAUGGAGGGCCUUUCGGAGGAGCCAGGUGACGAUCUGUCUGGCGGUCAGAAGGAGGUCCUUGAACGAUGUCUUCACGCUCUCACCCAUGCCAAAAAUGACAGCCAGACGUUAGCUGCCCUUCUCCUGAUCACACGAGUGUGUCCUGCAAGUCAGUUGGACCAGGUGACACUGCGACGUGUCUUUGAGGCAGUGGGCCUGAACCUGCCUGCCCGUCUCUUGGUGACUGCUAUAAGAGGGGACUCAGGCUCUGGUCUGCCUGCCCAGGAGCUGCUCUCUUUGGGCACAGCUCUGCUGGCUGCCUUGAGCACCGACCCAGAGAUGGCUCAGCACCCUCAGAUGCUCAGCACCCUGCCUAUGCUCCUAGGCCUGCUGUCUGAUGGUCCCACCUGGACACCGCAAAAACAGCGCACCCCCCAAACCAGCCAGCAGGAAGAGAGUGGAGUGUCAGCUGGCAGGUGUAACGGUACCCACAGUGACGUCCCACAGUCUCAACCCUCCCCCUCAGAGGGUGCUGGAGAAGAAUCUGGCAGUCAGACAUCUCCUAACUCAGCAGUUAAGCUCAAUGAGGCGUUGGCCUCAGACUGCUACCAAGUUCUAGAGGCUGUGUCUGUGGUACUGGGUGGACAGGAGAGGCUGUUGACCCGUGGGGCAGUACCAGCGCUGUGCCGAGCCAUUGAACAGAGCCAAACCCUCUGCAGCCAAAGAGGCCGUCCCUUGCUGGGACUUCUGCUCUCACGGCUUGGCCAGCAGGCUUGGGAGAGGCACUCAGCCCAGCUGAGAGGGGUGCUGGAGGGGUUGAGCCGUGAGUUCUGCCAGGCCAAGGAGCAACAGAGGCUGGAGCUGUGCUCGGAGCUGCUGCAGUUUUUGCCACCACAAGAAGGGGUGCUGGAGAGCGGGGAGCUAAGGAGGUUGGUAGGAGAGCUGUGGGCUGCCGUGAGGCCACUGGUCCAGUCCAAAAUGAGCCCAACCCAGCUGGGUCCGGUGCUAGUGCUGUCUGCCUGCCUGCUGGACCUGUGUGGCUGGGACUGUGUCGGGCCGCCCCGGUUCUGCUGUCUGCUGGUGAAUCGGGCCUGUGUGGAGGUGCGGAUGGGUCUGGAGGAGCCGCCCGGAACAGACAUGACUCCGGACCUUCAGCAUUGUCUCACUGCAUGCUAUCGAAUCAUGGAGGCGGCAAUGGAGCAGGCAUGCAACCAGGGACCCGACGACAGUACUACCCAGCCACAGACUUCUUUCGCUGGGCUUAGUCUGCAGCAGAGCAAGCAGGUACUGGGCGUCCUGGAGGAAGCCUUCUCUGCGAUCAUCUACUACCUACAACAGCGGGUUGACCAGAGUCUCCAUGGCAACCCCUUUGUCUUUGUUACCUUCCGCUGUCUGUGUGCCUGGUUGGCAGAAGAGACCUCCUGUCUGAAAGAGCAAGUGACCUCGCUGCUGCCUUUCCUGAUCGGAUACUCCAGGGAUCACCUGCAGGGAGGAGGUGAUUUGAGGGACCUGUCCAACUGGAUGGCAGACAUGUCGAUAGCUCCAGGAUCAUCAAAAGACAAGUGGACAGGAGAACACGCUCUCAGGUAUCUGCUCCCUGCUCUGUGCCACCUGACCGCUGAAGAGGAGCCCCGGAAGGCACUGCUGUCUCUCGAUACGCUCUCUCUGCUCAUUGGCUUCCUCUCAAAGGGAUGGGAGAGGCUGCAGAAGCAGGAAGGCAAGGCCCAAAAACGAGACCCCGCGCUGGAGACGGCCUGCUCCGCUCUACUCAACAUCACAAUCACUGAGCCAGAGAGAGUCAGGAAGGACCCUUCAUUUUCAGAUCUCCAGAAACUUUUAAAUGAAGCACUUCCUCUUCUCCUGCAUAAGCCACGCCUCCUUGUGCUUGCCGCCAAUUUCUGUACACUUGGGCUCAUGAUGGGCAGAAUGAAAGCCCCACCCUCUGACCUGACUGAUCCAGGCGAGCGGCGGUUCUUCAGUGCGGCACUGCGGUUCCAGCUCAGUGCUCUAAGUUCUGCGCAGGGUUCUCUACCUGGUCCUGUGGUGGCCGCAUGGGAAGAAGGAUGGGAAGAGGUGGGGGAGCUGUGGAGGCUCAGUGUGCAGGCUCUGGGAGCUUGCUUUAGGAGUCGCCCUGCGCUGACAGCACUGGUCAGGGAACAGAGCUGGCUGACCAAUACCCUAGCUGCGCUCAGAACCAGAAGUGCCCGGGCCGAUGCACCGACACUGGAGGCCCUGCAGGAGGCGCUGUGCGCAUUGGCUCAGAUGUGUCCUGCCUGCAGGGAUGAGAUCAGAGAGGAGCUGAAGAAAGGACAGGCCAGCUGUUUGAAGGAUAUGAGCCAGCUGAGACGCACUGUAUCUCAGUGAACACUCACAUGAACAUACCAUCAUGUCUGCCACAGACACACAGAAAGAGACACUAGUGACACAAACCAGUGCUUACACACACACACACACACACACACACACACACACACACACACACACACACACACACACACACACACACACACACACACACACACAAACUCAUCCUGGCUAAACAUUUACUGAAGUGUACAGAAGCUCAGAAUGAUGAAUUGAGCUGAAUAACUGAUAUUCUCUUUUAUAGGAUGUUUUGUAUUUUGUCUGAAAGAAUAAAUAAACUGUAUAUUUACUGUC